GCGGGCGCCUCGGGGCGAGGGGAGGGCCGGGGCACGGCCGGGGGAGGCGGGAGGGAGGGAGGGGAGGCGGCUCCCGUCCCUCUGGGCGGCGGUUUCAAGCGGCGGAGGGGCAGGGCUAAGAUGGCGGCGCGCGGGGCAGGAUGAGCGGCGGCGGGCAGCGCACUCUGCCGCAGGUGUGGCGGGCCCCUGAGGGCAGGGCCCAGCGGAGGGACGCGGCCGGCGACAGCGAUGACGAGCUGCUGCUGGCGGCCGCCGCCGCCGCCGACCCCGGCCCGGCGCAGGGCUUCAGCGAGGCGGCGGGCUCCAUCUGGAUCUACCCCACCAACCUGCCCGUGCGCCCGUACCAGGAGCGCAUGGCCGGCGCCGCGCUGCUGGCCAACACCCUGGUGUGCCUGCCCACCGGGCUGGGCAAGACCUUCGUGGCCGCCGUGGUCAUGUACAACUUCUACCGCUGGUUCCCCUCGGGCAAGGUGCUGUUCCUCGCCCCCACCAAGCCGCUGGUGGCUCAGCAGAUGGAGGCGUGCGGCCGCGUCAUGGGCAUCCCGGCCCGGGACAUGGCGGAGAUGACAGGAGGAACCCAGGCUCUGGGCCGGCGGGAGCUGUGGAACACCAAGAGAGUCUUUUUCCUCACUCCUCAGAUAAUGGUCAAUGACCUCUCUCGUGGGACCUGUCCUGCUGUGGAGAUCAAAUGUCUGGUUAUUGAUGAAGCCCACAAAGCCCUUGGCAAUCAUGCCUACUGCCAGGUCGUGAGGGAGCUGAGCAAAUUCACCAAUCAAUUCCGGGUGCUGGCCCUGAGCGCCACCCCAGGCAGCGACACCAAGGCUGUGCAACAAGUUAUCUCCAACUUGCUGAUUGCUCAGAUAGAGGUGUGUGCUGAAGAUUCUCCGGAAAUUCAGCCUUAUUCUCACGAGAGACAAGUGGAAAAAAUUGUAGUUCCACUUGGGGAAGAACUGGUGGAAAUUCAGAACACUUACAUCAAGGUGCUGGAAGCAUUUGCUGGGCGCCUGAUUAAGGUGGGAGUUUUAUCCAGGAGGGAUAUUCCCAGCCUGACCAAGUACCAGAUCAUCCUGGCAAGGGAUCAGUACAGGAAGAACCCCUCUGCACAAAAUGCAGGAAUCCAUCAAGGCAUCAUUGAAGGAGACUUUGCCCUUUGUAUCAGUCUGUACCACGGGUACGAGCUGCUGCUGCAGAUGGGAAUCCGCUCCUUGUUCAUCUACCUGUUGGGAAUCAUGGAUGGAUCCAAAGGGCUGUCCCGCACCAAGAGCGAGCUGGGGCGCAACGAGGACUUCAUGGAGCUCUACCAGCAGCUUCAGGACAUGUUCUCAGACAUUGCUGUGGCUCCUGAGGGUGGAAGUGUUGGCAAGAGCACAACAGAACUGGAAGGGAAAAAAAAGGAAUUUGUCUACAGCCAUCCAAAAUUAAAGAAAUUGGAGGAGAUUGUAAUAGAACACUUCAGAUCCUGGAAACAGAGAUGUUCUGCAGAUGAAGACAAGAGCGAGGGCUCCCCUGGGGACACGAGGGUGAUGAUCUUCUCCUCGUUCCGGGACAGCGUGCAGGAGAUCGCCGAGAUGCUGGCGCGGCUCCGCCCGGCCGUGCGCGCCAUGACCUUCGUGGGACACUCCUCGGGCAAGAGCACCAAGGGCUUCACCCAGAAGGAGCAGCUGGAGGUGGUGAGGCGUUUCCGGGAGGGCGGGUACAACACCCUGGUGUCCACCUGCGUGGGCGAGGAGGGGCUGGACAUCGGCGAGGUGGAUCUGAUCGUGUGCUUCGACGCGCAGCGCAGCCCCGUGCGCCUGGUGCAGCGCAUGGGCCGCACCGGCCGCCGCCGCCACGGCCGCAUCGUCGUCAUCCUGGCCCAGGGCCGCGAGGAGAGGACCUACAACCAAAGCCAGUGUAACAAAAGGAGCAUCCACAAAGCCAUUUCAGGGAACAAAACCCUUCGUUUCUACCAGCACAGCCCACGGAUGGUUCCAGAAGGCAUCAAUCCCAAAGUGCACAAAAUGUUUAUCACCGCUGAGAAGCAGGAGCAGAGCGCCUCGAGGGGGCUUCCCAAAGAGAGGAGCUGCAGCUCCCUGCAGCACAAAGCUGCUCCCUUUGCCUGUGUCACUGGCCAAAGGCAAAUGAACUCCCGUGAGAGCUGGUCCUUGUCACCUCAGGAGUUUGAAAUAUGGGACAGGCUCUACAGGAUUAAGGACAGUGAUGGGAUAAAGGAGCCAGUAUUGCCUCGAGCUCAGUUUGAAACCUUGGAAAACCUGGAGGAAACACCAAAGCCCGAGGAGGGGGCAGCUCAGGAGCUGUCCCUGUCUGAGUGGAGCAUUUGGCAGAAUCAGCCUCUCCCCACAUCCCUGGUGGAUCACUCGGAUCGUUGUCUCCUCUUCAUCAGGGCCAUAGAGAUGAUGGAGCUGAUGAGGCACCAGCAGGGAGACUGCAGCUAUGAACGGGAGCUCCAGCCUCACCUACGCAUGGAAGAUGUGAACAUUCCAGGCAACAAGAGGAGUCCCUCCGUGGCCAACCCCCCCUGGGAUCAGAGAGCUCGCUGCUCCAGGAGAGACCUGGCAAAAUCCACACCAAAACCAUUCCCACCUGAUGCAGCUGAUAACGAGAGUGAGUUCUUCACCACCUUUAAAAUAACCAAAGCCAAGGCUCCCAGGAGAGCUCCUGGACUCAGUGAGGAAGUGCCUGUGCUGCCUCAGGAUCCUCCUGCCUCUCCCUCAGGAACAAGGCUUGCCGUGCCUGGACACUCUCGCCUGGGCAGUGACAAGGACGAGGGGCUGGAGGUGACGUUUGACUUAAAUGCAUUUAUUGACCUGUGUGAUAGCAGUGACAGCCCUGAAACCCCUGCCAGCCCAGCAGCACAGCAAAACAGCCCUGCAGGUGAAGCAGCACAGCAAAACAGCCCUGCAGGUGAAGCAGCACGGCAAAACAGCCCUGCAGGUGCAGCCGGUGGGGCCCUGGGGAGGACCCACAGGGACUCAGGGUACGAGACCUCCCCCGUGGCCUCAGACCUGUUUUAUCUCCCCGAAUCCUGCAGGGAUUCCUUCAUGCUCCCGGGGCCACCCCAGGAGCCCCCAGGGCUGGAACAAACAUUUUCCCAGGUGCAAAGGCUUUUGUCACAGUCCCCUCCCUCUGGGGAUGAGCUGGAGGGUUUGGAGAGCAUGAUGAGAGAGGAAGGAACAAGAUCUCCUUCCCCAAAAGUUCUCCACGAUGGUCACUCAGAGGCACUGCAGGACAGCGUCUCCCCUGCGUCCCCAAAAGCUGAUCCUUCACUGCUGCUGCUGGAGAAUCCCAAAGUGACAGUUCCCAGGGAAUUCUGUGCCUCAGGAAGUCCCCGUUUGUCCAAAGCUGUGUCAUCUGCCAAGGCUGCUGCCGAUGAAGAGGAGCAGCUGUGGAAUGACAGCUUUGAUGGCCUGUUUGACAGUGAGGAAUUCCCUGAAAUCCCAAACAGUGCUCCCAGCAGGGACCACCCCCUGACAAACGGCCCUUCAAAGGAGCCUUUCCUUCCCAAGGACACGGCAGAGGCUGCCUCUGCAGUUCCUGGUGAGGAGCAGAGUGUCUAUUUGUUUGAGGACGAGGGCAGCCCCGUGAGCACUGAGCCUCCAGGCCGGGCGGGUCCAGCUGGGACCAUCCCUGGGACAGAGGGAGAGCCGGGCAGGGAAUUGCCCUGUGUGAGCCCCAUCCAGCCCUGCAGGGAACCCAUGGGGACAUCAGGAGUGGCCCUGCAGAAGGAUGAUCCCUACGACUGCUCCCAGGACCUGUUCUCUGUCACCUUCGACCUGGGCUUCUCCAUCGAGGACAGCGGGGAUGAGACCCCUGAGGAGAGCAGGAGUGCUGGUGACCCCAAACUGAACGGGGCCCUGGGGACUGCCAGAACAUCCCUGAGGGAUGGCUGCAGGCUGGAAACCUCACCAGGGUGGGACUGCAGGAGGCUUGAGAGGAGGGACGUGUCCACACCGUUGUCAUGCCAGAGCAGGGGCAGGAAUGGCAGGGAAGGGACCGAGGGUGCUCCUGCUGCAGGGCCUGUCCUCGAGUCAGGAGGCAGCAGAAGGGGAAGGGAACCCCCUGAACCUUUGCCUUCAGCACUUCUGACCCCAACAAGCAGGAAGGGUGUGGAUAUCAAAGCUGUCAAAAGAAUUACUAUGAAAGCCAGGGAGCAAAUUCCAGAGGUGCCUCCUGUAGAUCAAGUCAAAGAAAGCCCAUGGAGGCAGAACUUGGGGAGAUCAGCCAUGGAUUCCCCUCCAGGAAGGACAGAAAGCCUGGAAAACACCAAACUCCGUGGAUCCCAUGCUGCAGGACCCAGCAGUGACAGCGAGGAAGAGAUCGUUUUCCAGAGAAAAAACAGGAUAAAAAAGAAUGUUUUGAUGUCUCCUGAUGGGAUGGAUGAGAGCGACCUGGAGCCUCCAGCUCGGGUCACCAGGAAACGCCGGCGCCCUCCCAACGUGUCGGACACAUCCAGCGAGGACAGUGGGGACUUCCAGAGGGGCAGCUCCAGGGCCAGGCCCCGGCCAGGAGGAGCCAAACGUGCCAGGAGCUGGGUGGCAGCCAAGGCUGCAGGCAGGCAGUUCCUGGAGGAGGAGGCCGAGCUGUCCCAGCUGGAUGCUGAGGGGAUCUCGUCGGACGAGAGCGAUGGCAGCGGGGAGGAGCUGAGCACAUCCCUGGCCCAGUUCCUCGAUGAUGAGGGGGAACCCACCCAGGCCCUCAACGUGAGAUGAGGGCAGUUUACCUGAGCUCCGUGCGCAGCCCCGCCCUCGGCAGCCGCUACAAGAUGGUCCAUCGGGAAUUCCACCCCGCGGCCAUCUUCUCCCAGAUCCCCGAGCAGGACGUGUCUUAUGCUGAGGACAGUUUCUGUGUGG